AUAACUCGGCAAGCUGCAAGAUGGUGGCUUAGACCUUAGAAGUUCUUGUCUUUUAAAGAAUUCGCUUGUUUUUAAUAAUUUAUUGCAAUUCAUCAGCAAGAAUCUCUCCAUUGUGUAGUGCCCAUCGCGUUUGUUCGUUAUAUUGCACGAAUUUGUUACCCCCUAUGUCCUCGUCAAGGAACAUGUUUUAAUCUUCAAUAUCGGAAAAAUGGGUUGAGAAUUCUGGCGGCCAGUGCCAGUGGACCUGCCAGUUUUUAUCAAACACCUUUUAUUCGAUUUUAACGGUGUUUUUUGUGCAGAUAAACAUUUCAUUGAGGCUGUACCGAUGGGUUUCAUGACGCCCUAUUCCUGCGUGGUCUGCUUGUAAUCAGUAAUCUCUAUUCACAAAUCUUAGUCUUGAAUGGAAGGCGUUUUGAAGCAGUGCUCUUCUUCCAAUAUGACCACUGAAGUAGUGUCUGGGACAGCGAGUUCCUCUAUACAGAAUGUUAGAAGAAAACCAUGGGGCACCAGGCGUCGAACUCGGUCCACAGGAAGUUUGCCUCCCUUUGCGUGGCAACGACCAAGGAGUGAUGACUCGAGCAGUAACUCCAAAGAUAACAAAGCAACUUCAAGUCUGCAUCAAAGCGAUUCAGAUGAUACAAGUGGUGUGCCAUAUUCUCUGACUUCCUUCAAGAAAUCUUGUGUUCACACCAAUCUUGAGUCUGACUCAGUCAAUGAAAAUUUCUCUCCUCUUCGACCAAGCACUAGAAGGAAGCGGAAAUUUAAAAGGAUGGCAGUGGAUGGUGAUAUGAUUGCUUUGCCCUCCCGCUCUAUUUCUGCUUGUCUCCCAUAUGGGCUAGGAAAAAAGAAACGAGUUCUCAGACACUCCACCAACUGUGAUAACAGAUUGUGCAGUGUCAUAUCAGGCUGCGGGAAAAGGAAGCGAAGCGCCAGAGAAAGACCACCAGCAAUGAGUAGCAGUAUGGAGUGUGACACCUCGCCGUCAAGUCCCAGAGUACCUCUCGCUCUUAGUAAACUCUCUAUCAGGGAUGACCCUCUGCCAAGUUCAAUUCCUACUUAUCCUUCGUCUCCAGCUCACCAAACACCUAUGGACAUGGCAGGUUUCAUCCACCCGACUGUAUCUUCAAGCAGUCUAAGCUCCUCUGAGAGCGACAAUGGUGUUUUUACAAAUGAUGAAGGUAGAGAAGGCGAUGACGAGCAGAGUGAUGCUUUUGGGGAAGCCGUCGGAGGGAGUCAUGGCUGGUGGGAAGACUCUGAUCGAGAUGAUGAUAUGACAGUUGAUUCAACAUUCCACCAAAUUCUCACAGGCUCACUCAGCGAUGAUGCCAAAGUCCGCUACCGUGUGUUUACCCAAGGCUUGGUAAAGGGAGACAAUGAAAUUCGAAGUAGAAGAUGGAAGACAAGGAUGCGCUCUAUGAAGCCACCAUUUAACAUUCUUUCCUCGGCUAAUGAGAAACUGUCACAGUUUCUUCAGGAUCCAUCCCAAACUGAAUUAAGCAACAUCAUGCGCAUAGAACCGCUGUCUCUCUCUAGUUUACAAACCAUCAAUGAUUACAAGAAAAGAAGAAAGACGCCCCCUCAUCAGCCGAAUUCAUUAAUGGAUGUUGGCAUGAGCGUUGAUGUGUCAGAUAGUAGUGUCCGCAAUGACUUUUUUCAAAAUCUUGGAUGGACUUCUCAAAGUAGUGCUCAAGAAUCAAUUCAAGGCUCCAUGCGACCAAAGUUUUAUGGGUUAUCACAUAAAUCCAGCUAAGUUUUCUUAGAGCAGCAACAGAAUGUGUGUAACUACAUAUUACUUUGCCUCCUAGUUCGCUUCUAAUUUGUUCAAUUGUUUGCCUCAUUAAUUUUUUAUUUAACUUCAAGGAUAAAAGUUAAUUAAAAUGAAGUUUAAGGACAACACUUCAGACAAAAAAGUGUCAAUAAAUACAGCAAAACUAUCAAGUGAAAAUUAAAUUCACCCUGUAUUCACCUGUAUAUUUUAAGCCCCUGUAGUAGUAAACUCCUUGUUUUUUUGAGGUGUUUUACAAAGAAAAAAAAAAUGUUUCUCCUCCCCCCAAGAUUUUUCAAGCUUGCCGUUUAUAGUGACAGCCAAACUAGCAUCCACGAUUUCUGCCUGCUAAAUUACUCCGGUUCAAAACUUGCAGUGAAUGAUCCUAGCCUACCAAAGCACACAAUAACCAGUGAAAUUUUCCUGAAGAAAAGAGUGAGAUGAGAUGAAAUAGAUGUAGCCGUUGCACAGCUAGAGUAAAAUCAAAACGAGAGAAAAGUAAAGGGAGAAGCUCAUCCAAUCUGCUGCCUAGUAAUGUCAUGCAGUGUGCUGCUGCCCUUUUGCUGAGCAGCUGCUGAUCAGAAGGAUCAGUUAGAACUUUGUUGAAGGUUGCAUUGGGGGGGGGGGGAUACCCCACGUACUAUAAACAUCCCCAUUUUGAGAGCUGAAAUAAAAAUUAGAAAAUUUCGCUCAAUUGUUGCAAAGAUGCAGCCCUUUAAAACUGAAUCUGUUGGUUAUGGAACCAGGAUAUUUUGAAGCUUUGACACUGCAGUAUGCACAUCUGUGAACUUGUAGAACUCUUUGUUGAGGCUCGCUUAGCUAUUUACUGUCUGAACUCAUCAUAUUAUUUAUUGCAGUAUAGGAAGUGUCAAGUUUUGUACAGUGUAUAUAAACAUGUAAUGUAUUCAUGGUUUAUUAACUGUUUUUAAGUAUGUGUUUGUUCUUGCUUUCCCUGUUAGUCUUGGGAGCUUAAUAUUAAGGCUUAAAAACUCUCAACAAAACUAAAUUUUGUACUUUUGAAAAUCUGAUUUCUUUUUCUCUUUCCAAAUCUUUCAUCUUUUACAUGUUCGCUCGCAAAGCAGGUUUACUGGAGGGAAGUAUUUGCUAGUCUAAUUUACUCUUCUACUUUCAUACAAAGCAAACAUUCAAGUACAAAUUUUAUUUUAUUUUUAAUUUUGCCACUCAAAUAUUCCCCGCUUUUCAUAUUUAAUGCCUCCUGAGCUAGCCUUAACAUUUUUCAAGCACAAUCUAACGUGAUUAAUUAAUCAUCUUAGAGAUAGACAGUUUUGUGAGUUAUUUUUUGCUUUUGGAAGUAGCUGAUUUUUGAUCACCUGUCUCUGGUCCUCUCAAGCUUAUAAAUUUUUGAUACUCUUUUUACUGAAAAUAUAUUCCUUCUGUGAAAAUUCUUAAUUUGCCAAUGAGUUAAUUUAUGACAGAGGGUUCGUAAGUGGUGAUAUAAAGGCUGACUAGUUGUGUAUUUGGUGAUUUUCACUUUUGAAGCAAAUAGCUAAUUAGUUUAUUGGGAAAUGGGUGCUGCGUUUAAAAGAUAGAAUAAGCGUUUUUGAACAUUCCGUAAUGAACCCUAAGAGAAUUGUAUUCUACAGCUUGAAUAGAUGACUUCUUAUAAGCCCAAAAAAGAAAUCUACAAAGUGGCUUUAUUGCUUUUCAAAUUAUGUUAUUUUUGAAACCAGUGUUCUGUCCAGCAGUCCAAUGAUUGCGUAUGUACAAUGUUGCAGCAAUAUUACAAAGGGUGACUACAAUAUUGUGAAGUAACAUAUUAACAUUAUUGCUGUAACAUAACCUGAGACCUUAUCCAAAUUGCAAGUAAAUGUUGUAGCAAUAUUGCCGAGGCAAUGAAGUAAUUUGUUACAACGAAUUUUUAAAUUUUGCCAGAAUUAUUGACAGACAACACCGCCAGUAGACAAUGCUCGGAAAUAUUACUAGCAACUUUGCCAGACAUUGUCUCUGCACUGUUGCACUGUGGAUGCUGUCUUGUGAGAUACUACGCAGCAACGCAAUGUAGUAUCGCCAAGCAAAUAUUGCUAGGCAACAUUACCAGCAAUCUUGUAGCCACCCUCUUGCAGGAUGAAUUUUCCUCAUAGUUGAAAAGUUAAUGUAUUCAUCCAGCAUGAGUUUGUAUGUAACUAACUUAGAUAAACGUAUCAGACUGGAAGAUUUUUUUUUUUUAAAAAAAAAAAAAAACAAUAUUGGGUUGGUGGCACCUAUUUUUUAAAUUCAUUUUCUUUAAGUACUGAGUGAGUUGAGCUCACAGUAAGUAAUUGUUUUGGAUUUUAUCUACUCAUUUUGAAGGGGCCAAAAUCUAGAAUCAGUCGGAAAAAUAUUUUUGGCGGUCUCUGAUGAUGUAGGCAGGCAAGGGAGUCCGCAAUUGAUGAUUGGCUGAAGCUCAGUUAAAGACGGAGUCAGUUACUUCAUCAUGACAGCCAGCCUCUGGUCAAUCUGAUUUUAAUAAGCUUUUUUUCCCCUUAGAAGUGUUUUCCCUAGCUUCAUAAUGGGUUUUUUUGGGGGGGGGAAAUAGAGAUCAAUCUUUAAUCACUGCAGAAAUAUCAGGCCACUGACCCAUUACUAGGAAAUGUCCUCAGUCUUAGUCAUCAACUAUUAAAACCGCAGCUAAUAUUCUAAAAAUUGAGGAUGACUUGAGGAGGGUGAUGGAUAAAUAAAUAAUAUUUUAAUGGUGUAUCUUGAAACUAUUGUAUUGCUCGUUUGGUAGCCUGCAUUUUUGUAGUUAAUCUCUUAAGCUCCAGUAUUAUUAUGACCAGUUCAACUGGCUGUAUGACUGACGUGAGACUUAAAAUGGCGGCUGUUAUUUACAUGUUACAGUCCAAAGUGCUUUCUCCAAUGUUUUAUGAUCAUCUAUGCUCAAAGUUCCCUGGGCCAUUAAUGAUAAAAAAAAUUAAAAAUUGAACUGAAGAGUAACAAUGAAAUUUUAACUGUGAUAGGAAUUCAAAGAUAGUAUCUUUGAUAGGAACUACAAAUGAGAAAAAAAUAAGGUUAAACGCCUUCUUUGACAUGCUGUUGUUGAAGGAUGUCACAAAAAUGCAGUAACUUUUGAACUGCCGAAGAUAUAAGGUUCAUAACCCUUCAGAAAAGGCAAUACCAUCUCGCAGAAGAGGAUCUUUUGACCUCGUUUUUAGGUAGCUUCUUAUACAUUCAUAUCAUUUUUCACAUACAUUGCAAAAUAAAUAAUUUCAAGUCAAAGGAAAGUAUAUGUGCUUCUGGGCUAACACUUGGCGCAAUUUCGAGUUCAAUGGUUAAAGCACUGAGAUUUGACUUUGGAUAGAAACAAAAAGAAAAGUUUUAUGAAGUUCGUCUGUAAAUUUGGACAUUCUCUAAUCUAAAAGGUCAUUAACUGUAAAUAUCGAUGACCUAAGUGUGAAACAACAUAAUUCCAUUGUGAUGUUUCAAAAUUUCCAUUCUUUUUUUUAUUUUUUUUAUUUUUAUUUUUUGAAGAGAAACAAGCAAAAUUUUCAUCUUGAAACACGUGCUGAAUAUAUCAUACUAUCAGAAAAGAAAAAUCCCAGAAAUUUUUUAAGAUUUCACAUUGACUAGUUAUCAAAAGAGAAAAUUUAGUAUGACAGGAAGUUUCCAACGUCGCAAUUGAAGAUAUAAGGCUUCGCCCUUUGGCCAUCAAUAUGUUUCUGCUGUGGUCCAAAACAAUUUUCUCCCCUGAAAAUGCAACCCUGAAUUUUCCCUGAAUUUCCACGAAAAAUAAUUUCUUAUGGAAGCUCUAGUACCUGAAUGUCCAUUUUCUCUGCUGCUCUUACAACUUUGAUAUUCAUUUGCUUUACAAAUAAUUUUUUAAUUCAAAUGUAGACUUUUUUUUCUUCGAUGCUUGAUAUUUUGUGAUGAAUACAUUUGCAGCAAUAAAGGAUGGACCUAUUUUCUCCUCUUUAUGUAUUUGUAAGUAACUUUAGAGUUUUGAGAAGUAUAAAUUCUUCACGAUGUCAGAGCAUUCAGUUACUCAUCCUCCCCCAUUAAAACAUUGAAAGUCAAUGAUAACUUUAGCUUUCUGAUGAAUGUCUAGUGUAAUAGGAGCAAGUGAGAGUCAAUCAAGGCAUUGGUUUUAUUAAUAUGAAUGUAAACCAUAAUAUUUUAAACUUUAUUCUCGAUAAAUUUUGCGUUUGAAGUCUGGAAUAUCAAAUUAGUUUCGAAGUUCAAUGACAUCAACUCUGAAACAGGCUGGGCGGUGUUUUCGUUAAUUGACUCCUUAAAUUCCUGAGACCUAUGUUUUCAAAGAAGAGUAAAGCAGUAUCAUUUUAUGCUCAUACUCUUAAAAAAAUUAGUUCACAAAUAUAUUUUUAGGAAUGGAAAAAUCUAGUUCUUAGUUCAGUACGGAAAGCAUAACUAACUGGCUCUCAACUAUUAACAAGAAGUGAAAAGAGUGUGAAUAAUAUAUUUUUGCACUUCAUUAUUAGAAAUAAACAUUUUAAAUCUCCAAGAUUGAUCAUAACCUUGUGGGUAGCUUUUUCUUCUUCUUUCAUUUCACUUUUAUUUAUCUGAACAAAGGAAACACUUUUUUUUUAUUUGAAAUAAUAACUAAGUUUUAGGAAGGUUGUGUGGCUGGUGACGUUAACAGAUUUGGCCUUGAGUAAAGAAUUCUAAAGUGAAAAGUCUCACCAAUAUUUUAAUAGUGGAAAUUCUUACAAAUUUGAAAUUUAAAUAUUUUUCUAUUAUUAUUAGCCGCAGUAUACAUGUAGUUUUCCUCAUAAGAACAUGCCAAAAUGUAUGCAGCAUAAUUUGUAAGCAAAAUACUCAUAGUCUAAAUGACACACUGAAUGUCCAUAAAGUUCACCAGGAAAAAAAAAUGAGGUAACCGUCGGAACUCCUCUAAAUAACUGCUUUGGCCCUUCCAAAAAUGUGUGUUGUUCAUAAUUGCCUUUAUUUUUGAGAAAACGACCCCAAUUCAUACAAGCUUUUUAUUUCCAGAUUGUUUUAAGUUGAAAAGCUACAUAACAUAACAAUAUAUUGUAGGGAACAACAUAUUAUACUUAGAAAACUAUAUUGGUUUCUGCACUGUGUUCUGGCAGAAACGGAAUACCUAAGGAAUUAAGAUGCUUAUAUCUUGGAUUUUUUUUUUGUGUAUGAGAUGUUGAAAUUUUUCAGUCAUGAGCUUAUACAAAUCCUUCAAAAUUACCUACUCUGAAAAGAAUUAAAUUGCUGUGAUAUUGCGCUAGCACAGUGAAAUAAUGAGUGCCUCCAAAUGCAAAUUUUCCUCUUGUUGAUCACAAAAUGUAAAAUAGUUUUCCACAGUAGGUAUAGAAAAAUCUAUGAAAGAACCAGGGUAAAAAAUUCAACAUAGUAACAUUUUAGAUAAAAAGAAAGAAAAAAAAUCCAAAUUAAAAUCCAGAUAAAUAAGCAUAAAAGUUUUUUCUCCUGAUUUUUCUCAUUAUCAAGCUACCUAACACUAUACAUAGGUAUGGAUUACAUUUUGCAGAAAGGAACCACUAUCUUUGGCUCUACGAUGAAAGCACAUAUCUGCAUAGGGAAACCAAUGGCACGUAUGUUGUUUCUAAAAUGGGCAAGAAAUAGUGGUUCCUUAUUGCAAAAUGUAAUCCAUAUGUCAAUAACAUACCUGUGCAUCCAGAAUUUGACGCUAUGGAGACUUUUCAAAUGCCAAUCUAUUCUCUCCCAAAAUGCCUCAAAAGAAAAGAAUAAAAGUGUUUAAAAAUACUCAUAUCUGACAUAUCCUGGCAUAUGACUCAUAUCCUUUAGAGAAGGAGAUUUUGGAGUUGGUUGGUAAACCAAUUGGGUUUUCCAUGAUAUAGUUUGUCAAUAAGUGCUAGUAAGACUAAAAUAAUAGUAAAAUAUUCAUGAUGAUUAAUGUACGCCAUGGACUCAAAUGCAGUUGAAGUCAUCAAAUUUCUUCAACUUUUUGCUGAAUUCCUUCCAGAAAUUUUGUUCAUUUUUCUGUCAAAAUAUUUAUCUAACUUCAAAUUUUUCUCACAAUUGGUUCUUCUAAGGCGAUGUGUAUGUAUGACCAUGCUUUAUUUGAGAUUGAUACCCCAGUUAUAGUAACUUUUUCGAGUAACUGCGUGCCUGCGGAAACGAUAGUUGUUCUGGAGGACAUGCUAGACAUCAAAAUCAAGCAACCUCUCCGAAUUUACGUGUUGUGAUUAUUUAUGUUCGAAGCUGUCAGCUUCUUAUCGUUGCUUUGAUCUCACUUCGUUUGUUUUGUAUGAGAAGAAAAGAACUUGCGUAGUAUUGUAUUAUUUUGUCAGUUUAUUAUUAAACUUUAUCUUGAAAAGACAA